AUGUUAAACCAUCUUUUGUUUCCAAAGCCACUCAUUACGACUUCAUUUGCUCACUACGUAUCACUUGGGCUUGCCUGUAUCUAUGUUGGAUCCCUAUACUUGUCGAAGAAUGCCCGCAUUUCGCUCAAUGGGAAGGGAGCGAAGCCUCGAAGACCGAACGUGGCAAUGCGUGACGAGCCAGAUGUCAUUAGGGCACGACUGCUUGCAGUCAGCAUUGCAACAGUUGCAUGUUGCCUAGCUGUGCUAGGUGUGGUCUGGGAGAGUGUGUCUUGGAGGAUGACGUCCUUGGACAUUGUACUCGAUUCCGUAAUGCUGCGACUUGGUUUCCCCAUCGCAUCUAUUGGUCCUAUAACCACCAACAUACCCAGUAUAUUACCUCACCUCAUUACACCUCUUCUUUUUCUCGGACCCCUGUUUGCCGGGUUUCUUAGCCACGAACUCCCAGGACAGAGGAACUGGAGGUGGCAGUCUCACAUUGUUGGCAGAUUCUUCAGUCUUCAUGGUAUCCGAAAUUAUUGGAUCGGUCCUAUAACUGAAGAAGUCGUCUUCAGGGCUUGCAUUCUCGCUGUUUACCACAUGUCAGGCGCAUCUAACAUGCGCAUGAUCUUUUGGAGCCCACUCCUAUUUGGACUGGCGCAUGUACACCACGCGAUCGACACGUUCUAUGCGAAAGGCGGCGACUGGGACGCGGCCAAGGUGGCACUGUUUGGCACUUUAUUCCAGCUUUCGUAUACAUCUCUUUUCGGAUUCUACGCGUCAUUUUUGUUUCUUCGGACUGGGUCGAUUUUGCCACCUAUCACUGCCCACAUAUUCUGUAACGUGAUGGGUAUUCCAAUGAUAGGAUAUGAAUUGCGGAGGCAUGCCAAAUAUCGAAAUUACAUCAAAGCAAUGUAUUUAGCAGGGAUUAUCGGUUUCGUUUAUACACUCGGGAAGUGGACCAAGACGAAGGAUAAUCUUUACUGGUUACAAGAAGGAGAGACCAAGUAUGCGGUUUUCAGAUACUAG